GUAUCAUGGAUGAUCGGUCUGGUUCAAGUCAACAUGGCACCUUCACACCCCGUCAAAAUUGUCCUAGGUACUCACCAGAUAGGCGAUGCCUCCGCCUGGCCCGGAAUCAUCCAUUUCACAACGAAAGAGCAAGUCUUGGCCCUUACAUCGGCAUUCAAAGCCAGAGGCCACACCGAUCUCGAUACAGCGCGCAACUAUCCGGGAUCCGAAGCUCUUCUGGGGGCUACAGGCGCGCCAUCUGAGUUUUCCAUACACACAAAGAUAUUCGGUGGGGGCCCAGAAGCGACUGCAUCAAAAUGGCACUCAAGAGAUGCAAUCGCGGCCAGCAUUGCGGCUUCGCUGGAAGAUCUUGGUGUAGAUAGCGUCGAAACCAUGUUUCUUCAUGUGCCUGAUCGAGAGACGUCGUUGGAAGAGACGCUGAAGGCAAUGGACGAAGCUCAUGCUAAAGGACAGUUCAAGAAGCUUGGUGUAUCGAAUUAUACGGCCAAAGAAGUCAGCGACAUGCUAGAAAUAUGUGAGAGGGAGGGCUUUGAGAAGCCCAGUGUGUAUCAGGGGCAUUACAAUGCGGUUUUUAGAAGCGGCGAGGAAGAAUUGUUCCCCUUGUUGAGGAAGCAUGGCAUUGCCUUUUGGGCUUUCAGUCCGGCAGCUGGUGGUUUCUUCUCGGACCAGAAGAAGGCUUCGGCACGCUGGGACGAAAAGACCUUGGUGGGUCAACUCUAUAAUAACUUCUAUGGUUCUCCAGCUAUCGAGACUUCCGCCUCUGCCGUUCGCGCCUCCGCCUCCGCUCAUGGCAUCAAUCCUCAUGAAGCGGCAUUGAGAUGGACAGUCCAUCACAGCAUUCUGGAUGGUACAUUUGGAGAUGCUGUAUUGUUCGGUAUGUCGAAGUUGGAACAGCUGGAACAAACGCUCGAUGCUGUCGAGGCAGGACCGCUACCUGAUGAUCUUGCGACCCUGAUCUCUGGUAUUUAUGCCACCUUUGAUGGACCUGGACCUGCGUACCAUCUUUGA